GUAAAUACGUGUAUCAGCCUAUGACCCCUGUGGAACAGCUUCCCAGCACUGAGAUUCCUGCUAGGCCUCGGGAAACCACAAACACCAUUCAGAUCUCAGUCUCACUCACUGAACACUUUUUGAAGUUUGCAUCUGUCUUCCGGCCUCCCCUUCCCCCUGACUCACCAAGGUACUGUAUGAUUUCAGACCUCUUUAUUGACAACUAUCAGGUUAAGUGUAUUAAUGGGAAGAUGUGUUACGUGCAGAAGCAGCCGACGCCACAUUCCCACAAAAUGAGUCCUGAGGAAGUCUCUGCACAUGAUGCCUUAAUCUCAAAAGGGAGCAACACACCGAAAAUAGAUCACUGCUCUUCUCCCUCAAGUUCUGAGGACUCUGGGAUCAAUGCGAUUGGGGCUCACUAUGUGGAAUCGUGUGAUGAGGACACAGAAGAAGGAGCAGAACUGAGUUCAGAGGAAGAUUACAGUCCAGAGAGCAGCUGGGAACCGGAUGAGUGCACCCUUCUCUCCCCCUCUCAGUCUGAUCUGGAAGUGAUUGAAACAAUAGAAACCACCGUGUGAGGGUCCAGGCAGGAAGCUGCAGCCUCUGAGCCAUGCUGAGCUUUUGUACUUUUGUCUGAUGGAUCCUUCUUUUCAAUGCUGUUGAUAUUUUCUACCCAUCUCUGACAACAGUAGCAGUUCAGUGGUCUGCUGAUUAGCUUCACUCUUAAAUUAGUCUUGUAACUAAGACAUUCUUUUUAUUAUAAAUGGUUUUCUUUUGUAUUUUGACUUACUUUCUAUGUAGCAUCUGGUGUCAUGAAUUGUGACCCAGCCUUAAUGUCACUGGGAACUUUGAAAGUGGUGAAAUUAUGAUCACAGAAUUUCAUGAAUCAGAUUGAGGAGCUACCCAGACUGAAGGAGACAGUAUUUUCUAAAUAGCCAGUCCUUCUCAAAAAGACUCCUGGCAUUCCUUCUGGCAUGCUUGCAGGUACCCCUAUCCUGCUAGUCCCACGUGGGAAGCAGCUCACUUGAAGGGAACAGAGUGUGCACUGGUGGAUGCCGUUCCUUCCCUUUCCCCUUCUCCCUGCCACGUGCACUGGGUCUGGCCCAGAGCUGCCUCCCCUUACUUCUGGGAGGUCACUGGAGGACAUUCCAGCCCCUGGUUAUGCCCAGUGUCUGCACAAACCUCCAUGACUGGGGCUUGCUAGACCUUCACAUAUGAGCCGUUUCAUGCUCAAUUCAGGUUUAACUGACACCUACACUCUGGAGGGUGCUGUGGGGAUACAGAAUGAGUAAGACCUGAUCCCCACCAUGAAGGGGCCCACAGUCAAAUAGAGGAUAUGACAUGUACAGCUAAUGUUACCCAGAUGCUCUGGGAACCCAGGUGAGGGAGAGAUGUAUUUGGCUUGGGCUAGAUAGGAAAGGUGUUGCAGAUUUGGGCUGGCCUCUUAGGUGGGUUCCCCAACAUUUCCCUGCUUUUCUUAAUUGUUCUUCAAAUUUGGGGAAAACUUUUAGGAAGUUAUAUAGGUAUUCUAUUUAGGAGGCUGCCACAGCUGACAUCUUAAGAAAAAAAUCGAUUAAUAGUUCUAGUUAGCAUGGAAAUGCUAAAGGCAGAAGUCCUUUAGGGAUUAGGAAUGAAUCUAAUAGGUUUGAUUAAUUCUGCUUCAUUUGGUUGUAUGAAGCAUUAGAAUGAGUUAGGUGAGAAAUGGAUUAGAAUUCAGUAUGAUGCAUGGAUUUUUUAUGCAAAUGCAGAAGCAGUUGAGAGAGUUCACUGCUUAAGUCAGGAGAAAAUAUUUUGUGUAAUAUUCAUUCACUUUACUACACUAAUAUUCAUAGUAUGUUGUAUAUGUUCUCUUCUCUCACAUGCACAAAAUAGUGAAUAAUUCUUAUUUAGCUCUCUUCAGAAUUCUCCUAAUCUCCACUUAUAUCAGCUAUUCUUGUGUGAGCUGGUUAUCUGCCAUUUCUCCAAAUCUUCUGUGAGUCCAGGAGAUUUUAAAUAUGGAAAAUGAACACUAUCAAAGUUGGAGAUAGAUAAAUACUUCUCAUACCCUAACUAUCCAUGAGUGUGCUCUUGUGGCAUUAUCUUGUGCUCUGUCAGCAGUAUGGCUCUUGUCUUCUAUGUCACAUUAGUUAGUAUUUUAAGAAAUGGGAAGAAGCCUGUUGUGUUCUUCCCUGAAGCUUCCAUUUGGCAUUCUUCACAAACUACUCAAGGAAGAAUCUGCUUUCCUAGUAUGUGUAGUUUAAGUGAUUUACUAGAACUUUUUGUUAGGCUUAGGUGCCCAAAACAUCCAUAGGGUUUAGAAGGCAGAGUAUGAAUUUUCCUUUCAAAACACUAUUAUUUAAAACUUUCUAGAUGAGAAUGAAGUAUAAAGUUCCCACUUAUUGAAAUUAAAAACUCAACAAGUCACACCCAAGAGGGUGGUAGGAGGAGCUCUAGCAACAACAAGGUACAAGGGAGGGCAGGUGUGUGGGCUUUCCCCUGCUCUGGCCUGGCCUGGCUCAGGUGGCCUGGGGACAUCUGCUGAGCCCUGCCUGAGUUCUCAGUGCCUUCCUUGAGCAAGUGGCCAGUGGAAGGCAGGCAUGGAAGCUGAAUGUCUGCAAGCUACAUGUCAGGCCCCAGCAGUGCAGUCGGUGACCAUGCGCUCAGGGUUUAACAGCAACACCAGGGCCCCAUCUAAAUCACUCCAUGGAUGAGCUCCUUGAAUCCACAGAUGGGCAUACACAGGGGCUUCUUUAUACCAUUCCCAUCAACUUUCUAUUUUGGGCCCACAUCCCCACCCAUUAAGCUAAUUAGAGUCAACAAUCAGGUCUACAAAGUUAUAGAAAUACAUGGUCAUGGGGCCACAUUUUUGCAGCUUGGCUAAAUGUCAGGGUUGGGCCCUUUAUCGGUAAUAGCUACAACUUUUGUCUAGUUCCUGUUUUUUAAACUCCUGAACUGCCAUUCAGAUUAGCCACAAUUUUAAUGGAAUUUUUGGAUUUAAUAAUGGUUGAUAAUCACUUUAAAUAUUUGCAUAAUCUCUUUAUAAUUAAAAACUCACUGAUUCACUUACUACUAUCUAUUUUAUAGAAUUGGAGAUAUUCCACUGGAUUCUAAAUAUCAGAUACCCCUGGAUCUCAAAACAGCUUUUUCUAAAUAAGCACAAGAAUUGUUUUUGUCCUAGCACUGUUAAUUUUAAUAAUUCUCUGAAAUAUAUGAUUGAACCAGAGUUGAUUGUUUAUUCUUGCAUUACAAAAUCUACUGAUAAGGAUAGAAAAAUGUGAAGUUUCAACUUAAAUUCUAGGCCUAUUCUGUUCCAUAUCAUAUGAAAGAAUUUCUCUGUAAUCCUAAUAUUAUAUUGCUAAUUUGUAUAAGCAUAUUGAUAGGCACUUUAGAAAAUGUUUAGACCGCAACGUAUACUAUAGACAUUGAACAAGUGAUGUUAAGUAGCCUUUCGAUUAAUACUUGGACAUUGAGAGAGAUGAAAGCUUUAUCAUUUGGACCUAGUAGUAUGCUCACUUGGAGCAAGUGUUGGGUUAUGUGGAUGGACAGACUGCUUUCUUGGGCUUCUGUGGAAACCUGACACCGUUUCCACUUUGUGAAAGUUGUAUAAAAGCUAUUACGUAGAUGCUUAAUUCUACUAAAUGGGGAAUUUAGCUUUCUUAUCUAACCAAGAUUUAUUUCAGAACUUUCAAGUUUCAGAUAUGCUCAUAACUUUUUUGAGAAUUGGCAAAGCAAUUAAAAUGCUUUUGUGGUUAUAACUGUUUGGUACAUUAAAAAAUAAGGCUUUACUAUCAAAUAUAGGGAUUUUUACCUUGUAAUUUUUAGGAUAUGAAAUGAGAAUUUGAGGAAAACUCUGAAAAAAAACAGUUGCUUUCCUGGAAGGGAAAGACUUAUAGUUCAAGAUAAUACAAUACAUAAUAAAACAAAAAACAAAACCACUGAGGCCGGAACAAAACCAUGUAGUUGUUUUCCAAAAUACUUCUUGGAUUUGAUCUAGGACUUGAUUUUAUCUUGGAAGUGGUGGUUUUAUUUCUUAACCUCCACUUCCUGGCCUAUUUGAAACAUCCCAGUUCUUUUGGGACUGAUGGUAACAAAAUACUUUUAUGCAUAUUUAAUUCUCUACUUGUGUAAUAGAGUAUAACGGAUAAUUUAGAAAGCUAUCAAAAUAUCCUCGCAAGUUUGGUGGUAUAGAUACUACUAGGCAAGAAAGAAAGCACAAGUUAAACAAAAUGAUAUUUAUAUGAUCAGCUCUUGAUUAUUCUGACAUCUUGUUCCCAAAAUUUUAUUGUCACGUUUUGGCUUUUUCCAUGAGGAAAACAAAGUUUUAGCUGUUUUCUUUCCUACCCCCUUUUACAGAGGAGGUGUGAACCAGAAUUAAGGAGCCAGUUUUACUAGGAGUGCGUGGCUCUUCCCACUGAGGAGGAGGCAAGUGGGGGUUCCACUCAUGUUACUAGUACCCUGAGUUCCGGAGACGUCAGUCUUUCUCACAUCCAAACAUAAGUAUAAGGACACUUUUCAAAAUUAAUCUGGGAAUUAUUCACCACUUAAAAAAUUUGUCACUGCUCCUUUUCAUUACUAUGGAUAAUCGAGAGUUGACUGUAUUAGGAAAGGGCCAUGUUUCAGUUAGUGCUAUGAGUUCUUUUUUCUAUUAACGUUGAAGCAGUCCUCUCUUAGUAGCCGAACACCUCUGAAAGCGACACAUCACUAGCGGUUUUAACAUUAAGCUUCCAUAUUAUUGUGUUCACAUAGGCUUUUUAAGGCUGUUCAUACCUUGCAAUAUUCACUUACUGUGCUGUUUUUUUAAACCUGUCCAUUUUAAAGUUUUAAGCACAAUGUUGACUCUUCUUUAAUUUCCUAAAAUUAUAUUGUUUUCUUACAGACACCUCAACUUUAUUUUAUGUAUAAUACUUCAGAAAAUAUUGCCUUGUAAAGUAAAUGUGAUUUUUUUCUUUUGUAACAGAAUGAAUCUGCUAUUUUGGAAUUUGGAAUAUGCCUCUUACUCCCCCAAUCCCCCACAAAUUGGGGAGUUCUGAUUUAAAUAACAUGUGAGCUAAAAAAACAAACAAAAAUCCACAUUUUCAAAAUGUGAGAUAUUUAUAUUGAAUGUUUACUGUGUGCUAGGAAAUAAGCAAUAUAUGUCCAUUAUCCCAUUUAAACUUCACAGAACUUCAUGAAGUGCAGGUAAAUAUUAUCCACAAUAUAUGCUAAUGGUCACCAAUCGUGAUAACUCCCAGAAUUCUUUGUAAUAAGGACUUUUUUGUUGGCCACAUUUGGUUUAUAUCAAAUAAAACUUAUAUUCCCUCA